AUGUCUGCUAAAGGAGGCGAUGGCAAGAAGCCGGCUUCCCCAGCUGUCAAUCUGAUCGCUGGUGGCGGUGCCGGUAUGAUGGAGGCGCUUGUAUGCCAUCCCCUAGACACAAUCAAAGUCCGCAUGCAGCUUUCGCGACGAUCUACAGCGCCGGGCAUCAAACCCCGCGGCUUCGUCGCUACCGGCGCUGAGAUUGUGAGAAAGGAAACGGCAAUGGGCCUGUACAAAGGUCUCGGUGCCGUCCUGGGUGGUAUCAUCCCCAAGAUGGCCAUCCGUUUCACAUCGUACGAGAGCUACAAGCAGCUGCUCGCGGAUAAGGAAACCGGCGCCGUUACCUCAAAAGCUACUUUCCUCGCUGGUCUCGCCGCAGGUGUCACGGAAGCCGUCGCCGUCGUCAACCCUAUGGAGGUCGUCAAGAUCCGCCUGCAAGCACAACACCACUCCCUCGCCGAUCCCCUCGACGCACCAAAGUACCGCUCUGCUCCCCACGCCCUAUUCACCAUCGUCAAGGAGGAAGGAUUCUCCGUGCUGUACCGUGGUGUCUCCCUAACCGCCCUGCGCCAGGGUACCAACCAGGCCGCCAACUUCACGGCUUACACAGAACUCAAGGCCUUCCUACAACGUAGCCAACCCGAAUACGCAAACAGCCAGCUCCCUUCGUACCAAACCACAGUCAUUGGUCUGAUCUCCGGUGCUGUCGGACCCUUCUCCAACGCACCCAUCGAUACCAUCAAAACGAGACUGCAAAAGACAAGGGCUGAGCCCGGACAGAGCGCUGUGUCAAGGAUAUUGGUCAUUGCCAAGGACAUGUUCAAGCAGGAGGGUGCGCGCGCGUUCUACAAAGGUAUCACUCCCAGAGUCAUGCGUGUUGCACCUGGUCAGGCCGUCACAUUUACCGUGUACGAAUACCUGAAAGGGAAACUUGAGGCCUCAAACUGGGCAUUUGUUGGUGGGAAGUUUGAGGAGUAA